AUGGCUGGCACGGGUCUCGACGUCGACUCGGUCAUCGAGAGGCUCUUGAGCGUGAGGGGGCAGCCUAAUAACCGCACGGUUCAGUUGGCUGAGGGUGAAAUCAGAGCGCUGUGCGCGACGGCUCGCGAGAUCUUCCUGUCUCAGCCGUGCCUGCUGGAGCUCGAGGCGCCGCUGAAGAUCUGCGGCGACGUCCACGGCCAGUACUCGGACCUGCUUCGCCUGUUUGAGUACGGCGGGUUCCCCCCCGAGGCGAACUACCUGUUCCUCGGCGACUACGUGGACCGGGGUAAGCAGGGUCUCGAGGUGAUCUGUUUGCUGCUGGCGUACAAGGUCAAGUACCCGGAGAAUUUCUUUCUGCUCCGGGGGAACCACGAGUGCAACAGCAUCUCGCGCAUCUACGGCUUUUACGACGAGUGCAAGCGCCGGUACAACAUCAAGCUGUGGCGCGUGUUCUGCGACGUCUUCAACUGCCUCCCCUUCGCCGCGAUCGUGGACGAGAAGAUCUUCUGCAUCCACGGCGGGCCGUCGCCCGAGCUGAAGGACCUGCAGCAGAUUGUGCAGAUCAAGCGGCCGACGGACAUCCCCGACAUGGGCAUGCUGUGCGACUUUUUGUGGUCCGAUCCGGACGCGGACCUUCAGGGGUGGGGCGAGAACGACCGCGGCGUGUCCUACACCUACGGGACGGACGUGGUGGCGGACUUCCUCGCGAAAUUUGACUUUGACCUGGUGGUUCGCGCGCACCAGGUGGUGGAGAAUGGCUACGAGUUUUUCGGGAAGAGGCAGCUCGUGACGGUGUUCAGCGCGCCCAACUACUGCGGCGAGUUCGACAACGCCGGCGCGAUGAUGACGGUGGACGAGAACCUCAUGUGCUCGUUCCAGAUUUUGAAACCGGCGGAGAGGAAGCUCAUGGGUGGCUUUGGCAGCAUGAUGGGCAGCAGGCCCAGCACGCCGCCGCGCAACAAGGCUGGCGGCAAGUGAUUGAUGCAGCUUUGUUGUGGGACGAUGCGUGGGGGCGGGGGAUUCCCGCGAGGAUGCCGCGCGAGGAGGCCUUUUCUUAGAGACGGGGUUGGGGACGGGGACACGGUUUGAUUGGACGAGCGGCGGCGAAGGUGUCGACAAGGUGUCGAGGGCGAGACGCCGACGAGUCAAAAACUUUAAAAGCUUUUUAGUCGUUCGUGCCGAGGUCGAGGGCGACGCGUCAUCAGCAAGUUGUAAAGCAUGUCCGAGAUUGAAGCCG